CUUCCUCCCCGCCAACUUGCACCGCAGGGUCGGGCGGACAUCCACUCACAACAACCCCGAGUUAAUUUGCUUAUCUAAUCGAAUACUUUCCGAGGUAAAAUGGAGAGCCCACACCGCACUGAAAACGAGUCUCCUCUUCUGCUGCCGUCUCUUCGCCUCUUCAUACCUCCUUUGCGCCUGGUGUCUGCGGCCAUGUGGCAGGUCGUCCAGAGGGGCAACGUGCAGGAUUAUGGGAUGGUGGAGGAGUUCAUCAGCACAGUUUCAGAGAUUGUACCUGAGCUUUUGAAUGCAGAUCAGAAAGCUCAGCUCCUCCUGGGACUCAGAGCGCGGGUGGUUCUUGAAUUGUGUCGGGCCGAGCAGAUAGCCGAUACAGAAACCGUCGAGAUGCACCUGGAGCGGAUCAAGGCCCUCAUAUCCACGUGGGCAGCACAGCCGUGUUUUGCAGAGGUCGAGUUUCCGGAAUCAAACUUUGUGGAUCAGGUGGAAAUGCUGCUGAAAGAUGCUGAAGAGAAGGAGAAGUUUUUCCAGGAUGUUUUUCCUACAGAUUUUGGGCCUGAAUAUGAGAGCGCUCUGCAGGUGCUAAUGCUGGAUUUCCUGUCCAGACUGGAGAAGCUGCUCCCAGUACCAGACCUUCAGCAGACUGCGUCCAUGCUCAGUGCCGUCCCCUCUGCCCUGGAGGAGUGUGUGCACUCUGUUCCUGACCCUCGCUACCUGAAAACUGUGCUCCUGCACCACUCAACACUUGGACAUUUCGACUUAUCUGAUGAAACUCAGACCAUUCCUUCUUCCUUUGGGAAUUGCAUCCUCUCUUCGCUGUCCCUCCCUCAGCUGGAGAAGGUUGUAAUUGACGCAGACCAAAUCCAGUUACAGCCUCCAUCAGAGCAGAUGCAGGGUUGUAUGACCGUCCAGGUGGAGGGUGAAACCGUGACGCUGUUGGACUACAUACAGAUCGAAGAGCCGCCAGGUUUGGUUGAGCCUGACGAUCACGAAGAAAAUGAGGUAAACAUGGAGGAGGCUGCUGGAGAGGAUGUCGGUGACGCCCUGAAGCCAGCAGCUUUCCAACCGCUGAAGCAAAGCAAAAGGCUCCAGCUGAAGAGAAAAGUUUUAAAAGAAAACAAAGACUCGACAGCUAAGAGGCAAAGGAAGAAAUACCCCAAUAACAAAACGUGUCCUGUGUGCAAUAAGAUCUUCCUGCGAGCCGCGGCCAUGAGACGACACCAGGAAACUCACUCUGCCAAUCGAGAUCUCAAGUACAAGUGCGCCAACUGUGACAAACGAUUCAGGGACCAUUACGACAUGAAGCGGCACAACAUGCGCGUUCAUGAGAAGGACGAGAUGGGUGACAGCACUAAAGGUGACGACUCAGGAGAUCCGUGCACUUCUGAGAUGGCAGAAAACAAAAACUGCCUCCUGUGUGGGAAGUAUUUCGCCCGUCGAGUCGACAUGGAGCGGCACAUGAAGUCCCACUCGGAGGACCGCCCGUAUAACUGUUCUUUCUGCGAGAAGAAGUUUAAGAACCCUUAUGUUUUAAAGAGACACCAGAAGGAGAUUUGCAAGAGCAGAGAGCUGAAAAGGCCAAAGAGGAGAGAGAUGCAGCGCUCAACUCCACAGCCGCCAUCAGAGGGGUCGACGGAGGGCAAAGUCUGUCCCAUCUGCAGCAGGAUCUUACCCUGCUCUGCAGACAUCGCAAAGCAUUUACGAUCUCACACGGAAGAGCGGCCCUUUAUUUGCAUCACUUGUGAGAAAGGCUUCAAGUACAAGGACACGCUGAAGAAGCAUCAGAUUAUUCACGGCCACGAGGGGAUCAGAGAGGAGCAGAGCAAGACGGUGGAGCAGAUUCUGGCUGAAGCUGAUACUCAGAACUGUAGUGAUGCAGGUAAAAAGGAAAAUACUCCGGAUGCAGCUGAUAAUUCUGAGGAGUCGCCAACCUCACCUGUGAAAAAAGUCAACAAAAAGGGCCUUAAAGUGUGCCCUGUCUGUGCUAGGGGGUUCGACAGCAUCAAAACACUGAACAGGCACAUUCAGUGUCACACAGAGGACCGGCCCUAUCACUGCAUCCACUGCAAGAAGCGUUUUAAGCACAUGCACGGGCUGAAAAGACACCAGAUUUAUGCAAUUUGUCAUAAGAAAAUCACCCGAUUCUCGUGGAAAAAGGAGCCGAGAGCGGGGCCCAGCCAGGGCGACGUAGCCGGCGCCGACCACCAGCAGGGGCCGCCUCUGAAAAUACCUGUGUGGUGUUCAAACUGCGGCAAACACUUUGAGUACCCGUCCGCUUUGAAGGAGCACCAAGAAAACGUUUGCAAAGUGGAGGUGAGUGAGGUCAUGAAAUGUGACGACUGUGGGAAAGAGUUUAAGAGCAUGACCAUGCUCAAAGUGCACCAGAGGAUUCACGAUCCGCUCUACUGCAAAGAGUGCGGCAAGAUACUCGCUAACGAGCCCGCUUUUGAGAGGCACAAACUCAUGCACAGGCCGAUGCAGUGCACAAUGUGUGACAAGACGUUCACUUUACUGAGACGCUUGAGGGAGCAUUACGAGAAGCAGCACAACUUCACGGGACCCUAUCCGUGCGCACAAUGUGACAAAACCUUCAUGCAGCUGUCCUACCUCGCCAUCCACCAGAGAAUCCACAAAGGAGAGUUCCCGUACAUCUGCAACAUGUGCCCGGAGAAGUUCAGGUCCUCCAACUGUCUGACGGUUCAUCAGAGGAAGCACACCGGGGAGAAGCCCUUCCUGUGCUGGCAGUGCGGGAAGUGCUACCGCUCGGCCUCGGAGCUCACGGUGCACAUGGGAACCCACUCCGAGGCGAGACCCUGGGCCUGCACGCAGUGCGACAUGGCCUACCGCACCAAGCUGCAGCUGACCAACCACGUCGAGCAAGUCCACAUCGGCGUCAGGUAUCCCUGCAACAGCUGCGGCAAGCAGUUCAUGAAGGAGACGUCCCUGAAGAGGCACGAGCUCAUCCACACGGGCGAGAGGCCGCACCAGUGUACAGUCUGCGGCAAGACCUUCCUGACCGCCAACGAGCUCAGGCUCCACAACAGGUAUCACACCGGGGAGCGCCCGUACAAGUGCGAAGAGUGCGGAAAGGCCUUCAUCCAGUCGGGGUAUUUGAAGUCGCACAUGCGCAUCCACACAGGAGAGAAGCCAUUUAAAUGUGACAUAUGCGAUAAAGGCUUCAGGUUGUCGUAUCACAUGAAGAAACACAGGCGGACUCAUACCGGGAAGCCAAAGAGCUACAUAUGUGAGGACUGCGGGUUACCGUUCCUCCAUAAAAAAACCCUCUGGGAACAUUCUGUCACUCACAACGUGAAGACCGAGCCGUCGUUCCCUGACGAGGUGAGAAUAGCGUUUCAGUAGAAAUCCUUCUGAGGAGUUGAGGUCUGAGCUGGAUUCAUGGUCACCAAAAAGCACUUAAUUUCUUAAUUCUUAAGUUGCUCUUUGUUAUUUGAUUUCGACCAAUUUGUAAGCUGGUGCUCUUUUCCUUCCUUGUUGCUUUACUGUGUUGAUUCACAUGUUCCAUAAAGCAUAUUGAUGAUCUAUGAGGUUGAUGUAUAUAUUUAAAGACAAUGAAUCAUUUCUGCUUUUUGAAAUAAAUCUAUCUUGA